CUGCCCUGUAAGCCAGCGCAAUGUCCAUGGCGAUGCACACUGGCAACUACAUAGCCAUGUCCACUUGUCGGUACGUACGUUAUGUACAAACGUGAAAAUGGUUUUAUUCCGUGCUAUGUAAGGUGGACAUGGUUCUAUUCCGUGUUAUGUGCAAGUGCGUCGGUAUACAGACUUGUUUGUACAUCGAUAUACCAAAUGUCUGAUCGCUCUCAGACUUCUUCUCUGGUUCUGCAAAGUGUCAAAUAGUGUCAAAGUUGUGUCACGUGUAUACGUGUUAUAUGUUGACACCAUAAAUUGAUAUUCUCUUUCUUUACAAUUAAGUAGGAAAAUGAAGCAGCAAUUAGCAGAUCCCAAGGCAAAUGCUAACGCAACUGGGGAAGCGGAUGAUUGUCUCUUUGAAUACUUGCACGCCGAGCUUGUCAAUUACGUUCUGAGCAGAUCGUCUAAUGCGGAAGGCGAAGAAGAGCUCUCGCGCUUAGAGUGGAUGGGAUUUAGUGUAGGAUACAGAAUUAUCGAACGACUAACGAGAGAAUGGAGCAGGUUCAAGGACGAGCUCGAUAUGAUCAAGUUUAUCUGCACGGACUUCUGGUCCAGCCUUUAUCACAAGCAAAUCGACAAUCUCAGAACUAAUCAUCACGGAGUCUAUGUGCUACAAGACAAUGCCUUUAGAUUGUUGGAUAAAGUCGGUACGAGUAACAGUAAGCAGUAUCUAAGAGAGAGUCCUCGUCUGUUGGCUUUUACUUGUGGUCUUCUGAGAGGUAGUUUAGCAAAUCUUGGUAUUAUCAGCACUGUUACGGCAGAAACUACCACACUACCCAGUUGUAAAUUUCAUGUCCAAGUUCAAAAAAUAUAAUAAUCUGAAGUUUAUGUCACAGUUUGUAUAAACUACUAGAUUGUAGAAACUUUAAUAAAUAUGUGUAUAUAAAAGAAAUUACAUUUAUUAUACACA